AUGGAGCCUCAGCACGUGAUUAAUAUGAUAAUCGGAAGAACAGAAAUGCCACGAGGUCCGAUGAUGAAGAAGACAAAAGUUUUGGUUGUUCGAGCGAAACGAACCAGGGAUUACGUACCCGAAGGAUCUAUUUCCUUCAAUGACAAGGAUGCAGAGGGCAUCAUUCAGCCCCACAAUGAUGCUUUGGUAAUUUCUAUCCAUAUUUUUAAAUCUCAAGUUAAACGUAUUUUGAUUGAUCCAGGUAGUUCAACCUAUAUUAUCCAAUGGAGAGUUGUAGAGCAACUUGGGCCGUUGGAUCAAAUUAUGCCGGCGGCUCGAGUUCUCAGUAGAUUCAACAUGGCAAGCAAAACUACUAAGGGAGAAAUCUCUUUGCCGGUAAACAUCGCCGAAACUAUUCAACAAACGAUGAUCUAUGUCAUCGAGAGAGAGAUGAAAUACAACGCUUUGCUCGGUAGACCAUGGAUUCAUAGCAUGAGGGUAGUACCCUCGACAUUACAUCAAAUGUUGAGAUUCCCAACCUCGGAAGGGAUAAAGAAGGUCCGUGGCGAACAACCUGCGGCAAGGGAGAUGUUUGCAGUCGAAGUAGCAUCCCCCACUCAAAGGGAGCCGACCCUAAAGGCUGUUGAACCAACCGAAGGCAAAGACACCAAAUAG